AUGAAGCUCUUCGUUGUGCCGGUCACGGUGGUUUUGGCGUGCCUCUGCAACGCGGCAGCGUACAAGCAUGACGCAGAAGAUGGGCAGGCGGAGAUUGGAGCGUACCAUAUCCAGCCUGGUCGGUGUGCCGGCGUAGAGCAGCGUCUAGGCCACACAAAGUACAGCCAGUACUACCACUGGAGUCCUUUCCACACGUCGUUCACCGAGCUGGGCUAUGGCAACGAUGUGGAGCAGAUGGACUCGACGGCGCUGUGCGCCAACAAUCCCGCGCUGACCCAAGGAUACGGCGGUGGGUUCGACAAGAUGCGCAUCUACCUCGUCUACGGACGCUGUGUGUACGGGACACAAGACAUGAAGGUCAUGUGCGGAACCAUCACCGAACAAGGUCGCCCUUCGCACAACAUCCUCAACGUCGUUCAAGCCUCGUGCCCCGCCGGGACGCGGUGCAAGAAUCUGUGCGCAACAAUGCAGGAUCCCUCGCUCACGAGCAAGUUUGCGGUCAAGCAGGUACAGCUCGCUCAGUGCAUGCCCAUCCCUCAGUGGAAGAAGCUUACCGAGAUGUACAGGCCAAAAGCUUCUCCCGUGCCGGCCGCAUAUCAGGUAGCAGCUGCAGGAAGUCAAAAAAUCGAUCCCAAGGUCGUGGAUAAAGCCCCUGCUGGAAACCCCACCGUGGACCCGGUGCACGUCGACAAGGACGGUACGAUUCCUGGACGCGUCGUUUCGCCCUCAACUCCUCCCACCGACGACAUUGAUGCAGACCUUCUGAAAGCGGCCAACGAACGAGAAGCAUACUCUGGCGAGAGGCUCGUCACGAAGCAGCCUGACGUUGAAAAGCCCGUUCCCGCGCAGCCAGCAAAGGGAGACUCCUCCGACCUUCCCAUUGGCGGUCCUCAAUUCGUCCCCGCUGCCAAGGCUCCUGAAGCGCAGACGAACGGCCACAAAUUGGAACACCAGCAAGCUCCGACCAGGAUGGGCUUCCGCAAGCGUUCCUUGUCUGGCGCGCUCAACGCCUGA